UAUCCUUAAAUGAAGCAUACAACUUCACUUGUCCAUCACAGGGACACUGGAUUAUUCGGGCAACAUCCAUGUGCAGGCCUCCAGAAAAUUAUACUUGCUUAUUUAACGUAACUUUUAGAGUAAAUGUAUAUAGAGAUAUUUGUAAUAAACCUAGAAUUUUACAUCCUGGAUAUAAAUACGUCUUUCAGCCGAACUUAAACAAAGCAACAUGCAGUGCAACUCGAUAUCAGCCUUUCAUUUUUUACACAAUUGGGAACAGUGACUGCACCUAUCAAAAAUCACUAUGUAGCAGCUUAGGUCAAGAGACGUAUCAAAUCGGCAACACUACGGUCGACAGAAAAUGUAUUUGUAAUACCGAUAGAGGAUAUUCGUUUGUCAGGAACCCGAAAAACCAGUGUUACUGCAAUCCUUCAACUGAAGAUUGCUCCUGCUAUCUUGGAAUAAAUCCAUACAACGAAACGGUUGAACUGAAAGAUAUCAAAUGCUAUAAUGACAUAACAAUGACAAGAAGUCCCAACUUAGGAGAUAGGUUUAAUAUAUCACGGACAAUAACGAUCAACGAGUUUGACAACUACAGAUACAACCUAAACAAUGUUCCUACAAAAUUGCUGUCAUCAUAACUUUUGCUACAUAGAACACAGACACUUAAUAAAAUAUUCAAUUGAAAAAUAGCUAAUGAUCCAAACUAUCAGUUAAAAUUACCGUCUUUGGUAGUAAAAUUAUACUUUUAUUAAAAAUCGACAAUACAAAUGUCGUAAAAUGCAAAACACUUUCUUUCAUCAGCUGCAUUUCGUAU